UGCUCAGAACUCUCCUCCUUUGGAAGGACCUGCAAGAUACUGGCAGCAGUACGAGGAGCUGGAUGGAGAUGUGCUGUGUUAUCCUUCUACAUUACCAAGCCCGGCUCCCUCUGGUGGUGGAUACUUCUCUGAGCCACUUUCCAAUCAAACUCCAACUGCCUGUGAGAGGAGCGAGCAGCCGAAGUUUAAUUUCUCUCUGCGUCGUCUCAGCUCACCACAGCUGUCAUCACCUCUUUAUAAACCCAUUGAUCAGAGCCACUCCUCCUUGCCAUCAUUUCCUAAACUUGGACUAUUGUCCAGAACAUGCAGGGCUCUACAGAGGCGCUGCACCAUCACCGGGGAUUCAGUGUCAUAUAAUGAACACAGCAGACUCACCUGCCACAAUGCUGUCUCUGCUUCUGUGCCUGAAGAACCGAUCCCUCUAGUUCCACUAACCUACGGCUCCCAUGAAAUCUGCCAAAAGUCUGUAUCACCCAAACCCUGCCUCCAUUUCACCAUGGCCUUCUCCAAGGAGCGACAGACCCUGGUAGUCACUGUCCUCAGCCUCAGUGGGACGUUUCACAGACUGGAGGAUGUGUCUGUACUGGGCAGUCUGCCGCCCCUCUUUCCAUGUCCCAUACAGGCCUCCAUUCACAGCAGCCUGAGCUCAGAGGCACACAGACUGGUGCUGCAUUUGAGGGUGAACUCAGUGAAUGAGCUUCAGAGAUGCACUUUCAGAGCAGCUGUGUACACACGCCAACCACAUGGUCUGGGCAGCACCACCCUGGGUGAACUGGACGCUGGUUGUGGAGGGAAAGACUGGUUGGCAGGGCGUCCUUUUCACUUCACAAAGAAACUGCACCCCAACAAGUGGACAUCCCGACAGACCUUGGUCUCCCAGGAUGUGUCAGUGCUCAGGGGAGGUUCUAGCUUUCAACCACAGAUCCUCGUUUCACUUCAGUACCAAUCUGUAGAACAUCGGAUCAAAACCUCUGUCCUCAGAGCAGAUAACCUGGACAAACUCCUCCAUACCCCUGCAGCAUCAGAUUAUCAAGUUGUGGUCAAUCUACAUCGUGAGGGAACUGUGAUCAGCAGCAGAGAAACUGAGCAGGUGUCCUCUGCUGUGUGGAACUCCUCGUUCCUGUUUGACCUUCCUCCAGGAGACAUCAGUCAGCUGCCCCUCACGCUCCAGUACAUAAUCGUUCAGAGACAAAUCCAUUCAGACAGCCGAGCUCUGGGCCGAGUCCUCCUCGGUCCGACAGCUGCAGAUGCAGCCGCUGCUCACUGGAGAGAAAUGUGCAGCUCGCAGAAGGAGCAGAGUCGCUGGCACCGGGUUCCACCAGAACUCACAUGAAGCUUUGAAACAUGUUCUAAAAACUGUCUUCACUGCCACUACAGCUACAAGAGAUGGAUUUGUGAGUAACGAGCGUCAAAACGCUACACCAGCCUGUCUGUAGAAUA